CAAACAUUAAUUAAAUAACAAAUAAUAAUUCAGAUAAUUUAAAAUUAUAAACAACAAUAAAAAAAAAAAUGACUAAACACUAUCCAUUUCUUGAUGUUUCUAUAGAUUUUAAUCAAGAUAAUUUAAAUUUAAGCUAUAGUAAAAAUAUUAUUGAUUACCAAGCAGAUGGGUUGGUAAUUGGAUAUGUAAAUUUAAAUGAAGAGACUCGUAAACCAGCAUGGAUAUAUGAUGGGGAAAAGCCAUUGGAUUGGGCACUACCAUUAAUCAAUGAAUUAAAAAAUUCAAAUAAAAAAGUAAUUAUUUCAUUUGGUGGGGGUUAUGGAUCAGAUAUUGAAGAUCUAAACUCAAAUGAAUUAAACAAUUGCUUUAAAGAAGUAUGUCAACUAUUCAAACCAAAUCAAUUGGAUUUAAAUUUAGACUCUGGCCUAUACAGUCCUGAAUCUAUAGACUUAAUAUUCAAAUCAGUUAAAGAACUAACCAAAAUCAAUGAUAAAUUGCAAAUCAGUAUUUCCCUAAAUAUCACACCAUCAAUGGGGUUGGGUGAAGAAGAAUUCGAAAUAAUCAAAUGUGCAAAGGAAAAUGAUAUCAAUUUUAUUAUAAAUGGUGUUUUUAGUGAUAUUUUAAACCCAGACUGGGCAAACAAGCUAGGAGAUGCAUCUAUUGAAUCAAUAAAACAACUAAUAAUGCAAUUCAAACAAGUUUACCCUGAUAGCUCUGAAUUUGACCUCUAUAAAAGAAUUGCAAUCACUCCAAUGAUAGGUCUAAACAACAACUCCACCAUGUAUACUUUAGAAGAUUCAGAAAAACUUUCAAAAUUCGCUUAUGAACACAUGCUUGCCUACACAAGCUAUUCAAGUCUCAAUCGUGAUCAUCCAUCUGUAAACAAUGAUGAUUCUGAUAAUAAAUUUUCUUCAAAUAAUCCAAAACAAAGUCAAGAUGGUCAAUAUACAAAACUUUUUGUCCCAACUAUUAAAAAAGAUGACCGCUCAAUUUAAAGCCAUUUAUUAAAUUAUUAAUUUAAAAUUAAUCAAAAAAAAAAAAAAUUAUAGUUUUUAAAAAAAAAUUAUAAAAAAAAUUAUAAAAAACUUUUGUUAUAAAUAAUUUAUUUUUCAUUUUUUUUUCAUUAAUUUCUAAUUUCAAAAUUACCAAUACAAAUAAUAAAUAAACAUAUAAAUAAACAAAUAAUGAAUAUAAUAGAAAAAGAUAUAUUUUCAG